AACCUCAUAUAACAUUAUACUUCAUAUAACAUUAGUAUAGACGGAAUUUGAUUUAUAUUUCGAAAAUUACUAUAAGUUCUUGAAAUUUUACUACGAGCUUUGUUAUCAUUAGGCUACUCUUUUUUUUUUCCCUUUUUUUUAAUAUUUUAUUUAUUAUGAAGUAGGGGACUUUCUUAUGAUUCAUUAAAUUUAACCAUCAUACUGGUAAAAAGUUUUUUCAAACUAAGGAUAUAUCAUAUAUGCAAUUCAUUUUUGACUUAUUUUCGAACAUAUUUUAGAAUAGUAUGCCUUUUGCAUGACAAAAUCGCAUAUUAUUUAACUUAAUAUGUUGCUUGCACGUCUUUGCUUAAAAGAACUUCACUGCUUGACCAUGUCUCCGCUCCAAACCCAACUAUCUUCAACCAUUAUAGAGUUUAUGAAUAACCUUGAGAAACUCUAUUCUUCUCUAGCAUGGAAUCCGCAGAUUCCUCACCAAUGUACAGCCUUCCACAAGACAUUCUAUGCAUGAUCUUCAUCAAACACCCACUUGGCCAAAUCAUCAUUUGCAGGUUAAUAUCCAAACCUUUCCACCACCUCCUCACUUCUCCUCACUUCCUCAACCUCAUCUCCAACCUUCCCUUCCCUCUCCUCGCUCUCUGUCCUCCUCUCCACGACAAGUACUACCGACUCGUAUCCCCGCCACCUGUCUCUCUUCUCCACGCCUUUGACCACUCAUCUAACCAGUGGCUCAAGUUUGACCUUACCUUCCUUCCCUUCACCUCUCUUUUCCUUGUUACUUCUUCACCCGGGUGUAUCUACCUUUGGGGUGAGUCCCCUGACUCACCUUUUCGAUCACUUGUUGUAUGCAACCCCUUGACCCGGGCUUACCGAGUCCUCCCCAAGCUCGGGUCUGCAUGGUAAAAAAAUGGGUCAGUCUUAGCUGGUUCAAGUGGUCGAGUUUUUUUGUUCACUCAGUUUGCCACCUUAUAUAGGGACAAUCACAAUGAAGAUUGGCUCAAGUUAUCGACGAAUUUAAGGUGUUCGUUGAAUGAAACAAAUUUGAAUCCUAGAAGAAGCAUUUUCGUAGGGAGCUCCGUGUAUGCAUUGUGUUGGCGUCAUAUGGAGUCAUCUUGUAAUGAUAUAAUCACCUGUAAACUGCCUGAAAAUGAAACGACGUCGUUGGUGUGGAGUUUGGUAAAGAAGAAAGAGUGGGGGGUUAGGAUUGAUAUUUUACGAUAUCCCAAAUUACUAAAUGGGGUUGGGAACAAGAUUUUACUGGUGGGAGCAGAAAAGAAAACAAUGUUAAUAAACGAUUAUGCUCACUUAGCAAUAUUAACACUAAGGCUGGAUUUGGAGAGCUUGGAGUGGGAAGAGGCAGGCAGAAUGCCCUAUGAUAUGUACAAGUGUUUCGAGGAAACUAUUUUGUACAAUAAGUAUUUUGGAGGUGGAGAUAAAGUUUAUUUUUCAACGCCUGGAGGGAGGUUGGCUGUUUGGGAUGAUUCGGCUAAGGGGGUGAUUGGGGGUGGCAGCGAGUGGCGGUGGAUUGAGGGGGCACCUGACUUCGGGGAUGGGUUGUCGCGUGGCUUUGUCUUCAAUGCAAGCCUUAGUGCAAUGCCGUGAGCCCGUGAGUAACUCUUUCAUUUGGAUUUCUUCUUGCUUAUGGGAAAAAUCUGAUCAUAACUAUGGCCCUAUGGAGGUGGGUAUGUACUUCUCUAUAAUUUGUCACGGUUAUAUUCCAAUGUAUGGCUUUGAGAAUGCAAGUAUAGUAUUUCUAGAAUACAACAUUUUACAAAGGUGUUUGCAUUGC